GGCCUCGCGGAGCCGCGCGCCGCGCACCCACCGCCGCCCCGACCGCCGCCUCCCGCCGCUCCCGCCGCCCCGGCCGGGCCGCCCCCCCCCGCGCCGCCGCCGCCGCGCCCCGAGGCUGCGUGUGUCCCCCCCCUCCCCGGCACCAUGGUCCCCCAGCGGCUGCUGGCCCUCGCCUUGCUGCUGGCCCUUGCCACCGCUGCCACCCCCCCGGAGUCCUCAUGGAGCGCCGUGCCCCGAAAAACUGUCACCUACGCCGAGCUGAAGGACGCGGCCAAGCGCUUCUCGCGGGGGGGGGUCUCGCACUACCUGACGCUGACGCUGGAUGAGGCCGAGGGGCUGCUCUACGUGGGCGCCCGCGAGGCCGUGUUCGCCGUGGCCACCGGCACCGUGGAGCUCAAGGCGGCGAUCUCCUGGGAAGCCCCUGUGGAUAAGAAAGCUGAGUGCAUCCAGAAGGGCAAGAACAACCAGACUGACUGUUUCAACUAUGUGCGCUUCCUGCAGAGCUACAACAGCUCCCACCUCUACGCCUGCGGCACCUACGCCUUCCAGCCCAAGUGCACCUACAUUGAUCUCUCCGGCUUCACCCUGGACCCGGUGGCAUUUGAGGACGGGAAGGGCAAGUGUCCCUAUGACCCCACCAAGGGACACACCGGCCUCAUUGUGGAUGGGGAGCUCUACUCAGCCACCUUCAACAACUUUUUGGGCACGGAGCCUGUCAUCCUCCGCAACCUGGGCCCCCACUACUCCAUGAAGACAGAAUAUCUCACCUCCUGGCUGAACGAGCCCCACUUUGUGGCUUCGGCUUACGUGCAGGAGAGCGCGGCCAGCAGCACCGGCGACGACGACAAGGUUUACUUCUUCUUCAGCGAGCGGGCGGUGGAGUACGACUGCUACGCCGAGCAGGUGGUGGCCCGCGUGGCACGCGUCUGCAAGGGGGACGUUGGCGGCGCCCGCACGCUGCAGAAGAAGUGGACGACGUUCCUGAAGGCUCGGCUGGUGUGCGCAGCGCCCGAGCAGCAGCUCCACUUCAACCGCCUCCAGGCCGUCUUCACUCUCCCAGGGGACAAUUGGCAGGACACCACGUUUUUUGGGGUGUUUCAGGCCCGCUGGGGGGAUGUGGAUGUUUCGGCUAUUUGCCGGUACCACAUCCUGGAGGUGAAGAAGGCAUUCGAGGGGCCCUACAAGGAAUACCGGGAGCAGGCGCAGAAGUGGGGCCGGUACUCGGAUGAGGUGCCAAGUCCCCGUCCCGGCGCAUGCAUCACCGACUGGCACCGCCAGAACGGCUUCGCCAGCUCUCUCGAGCUGCCCGACAACACCCUCAACUUCGCCAAGAAGCACCCGCUGAUGGACGAGCCCGUCCUGCCACACCGCGGCCGCCCGCUCCUCCUCAAAAAAGACGCCAACUUCACCCAGCUGGUGGUCGACCGGGUGACCGGGCUGGACGGCACUGUCUAUGAGGUGCUUUUCAUCGGCACAGGUGACGGUUGGGUGCACAAAGCGCUGAACCUGGGUGCUCGUGUCCAUCUGGUUGAAGAGCUGCAGGUUUUUGAGCCAGCGCAGCCCGUGGAGAGCCUGGUGCUGGCCGGACGGAAGAAGCUGCUCUUCGCCGGCUCUCGUUUCCAGUUGGCCCAGUUGCCCCUGGCCGACUGUGGCCGCUACCAGUCGUGCACGGACUGCGUGCUGGCGCGGGAUCCGUACUGCGCCUGGAGCCGCAACGCCAGCCUCUGCGUCCGCAUCGACGGCCUCAAUGGGUCCCACCUGGUCCAGGACGUUCUGAGCUCGGAUACGCGUGCCUGCACCCUGCCGCAGGCAGCCAAGCAAGGACCCAUCACCCCCAAAAACGUGACGGUGGUGGCCGGCACCGACCUGGUGCUGACAUGCCGGUUGGGCUCCAACCUGGCGCAGGCGCUGUGGACCUUCGAGGGCCGGGCGCUGGCAGCUGAGCAGGCAUUGGUGCUGCACGACUCGCGGCUGCGGGCACUGGUGGUGCCAGGAGCUGGGGCACAGCACAGCGGCACGUACCGUUGCUUCUCAGAGGAGCAGGGCGCCCGCUUGGGUGGUGAGGUGUACCGAGUGGUGGUGUUGGCCGGCGCCGGGGUGCCACUGGAGACGCGGGCGCCACUGGAGAGCCUGGGGCUGGUGUGGGUGGUGGCAGUUUGCCUGGGCGCGCUGUGCCUGGUGCUGGUGCUGGUGGUGUUCUCGCUUUGGCGGCGGUUGCGGGAAGAGCUCGGCAAAGGUGCCAAAGCCAUCGAGAGCACCCUGGUGUACCCCAUCGAGCUGCCCAAGGAGCCCCCCAGCCCUCGCUUCGUCCCCAGCGCCGCCUCUGACUCGGAUGAGAAGCUCUGGGACCCAGCCAGCUACUACUACUCGGACGGUUCACUCAAAAUCGUGCCGGGUCACGCUGCCUGCCGCAACGGCGGCCCCCCUGGCGCCUCCUCGCCACCCGCCGCCAUCCCUGGGCAGCCCCUCCACUCGCCCACCCGCAUCCACCUGGGUCCCCUGCGCGGUUCCUCCUCCAACGGCUACAUCCGCCUGGCGCUGGGCGCCGAGGAGCGCCCACCAUGCGCCGAUUUGGCCGAGGAGCUGCGGCGGAAGCUGCAGCAGCGCCAGCCCCUGCCUGACUCCAACCCGGAGGAGUCGUCGGUCUGAGCCGCCGGCCAGUGGUUUUCCCCGCCGUACCUACCUCAGGGCACCGGCACUCACUGCGGGGACACCCGCCUCAGCACCAGCACCUGGCUUGGGGCUGCUGUGGCACAGGUGCCGGCAACCGUUGCGGGGAUGCCAGCGCUGGCCACCCGUUUUGGGGACAGGACUGCCACCCCAGCGCCGGUACCCGUUUUGGGGACUGCCACCACGGCACCCGCCUUGGGGCCGUGGCACCAGCACCGCGUCACGCAUUUUCGGGGCGCCGGCGCCCGGCUUGGGCACCGCAGCUGCUCUCGGUCACUGCAUCCGCCUUCGGUACCGUGUCUCGGGCAAGUGACCAACCUCGGGGACGGCCACCGGCCUUGGGGACCACUGAGCCCCCCGUCCCAGGUAGUGACCACAGGAUGUUUUUUUGGGAUGAUUUAAGAACCGAUCGGGUUUUUCUUCCUGAGAACUUUUCUAACACCCCCGUCGCCCCCCCGGGGAGCCCCCCCAAGCCCCGUGGGACUUUGUACCUCCCUCAGUCCCAGCUGUAAAUACCCCCCACCCGCCUGCCACCUCCCUGCACGCCACCCCUUUUGUAUAACCCCCCCCAGUGUAAUUUAUUUGUUACCAAAAUAUAUUUAUUUGCUGUAAAUACAUGAGUAUUUUUAUAUUAAUAAUAAAAAGGAGUAAAAAAAAAAAAAAAAAA